UUUAAUAUCUGUUGAUAUUUGAUAGAGUCCAUGAUGCCAUGUAUCCUAAAAAAAUGUCCAGGUCCUCUGGCAGAAAAACAGCCCCAAAACAUUAAAGAGCCACCACCAUAUUUAACCGUGGGCAUGAGGUACUUUUCCAUAUGGCUACCUCUCUGUGUGCACCGAAACCACCUCUGGUGUUUAUUGCCAAAAAGCUCUAUUGGUUUCAUCUGACCAUAGAACCCGAUCCCAUUUGAAGUUCCAGUAGUGUCUAACCAUCCUCUUCACAGUGCGUUGAGACAAUAUACACACACACGUCCUCUUCCAUGUUGAUUCAUAACAUUUCCAGUUGACUGGAACGUCUUAAUUAUUGCCCUGAUGGUGGAAAUGGCCAUUUUCAGUGCUUGUGCUAUUUCCUUAUAGACACUUCCCAUUUUGUGAAGCUCAACAACCUUUUGCCGCACAUCACAGCUAUAUUCCUUGGUCUUACUUAUUGUUAUGAAUGACUAAGGGAAUCUGUGGGGCCUGUGUGUUACCCCAUAUUGAUACUCCUGUGAAACAGGAAGUCAUGGUUGAACAAUUUCCUCUUCCUAGUCACCCAUGCAAUUGUUUGAUGUCCGUGAGAGCAGAGUAUUUUUGUGAAUCUUUUAAACAAAAGAUCAGAAGGUUAAACAAUAAAGACAAUUUUUCACAACCUUCUCCGCUCAUAUUUACCAAGGGUGCCAAUAUUAGCGGAGGGCGCUGUACAUCUUAUAGCACUAAUCCAUGCUGGGGUGCCUGAUGUGAUUUUCAUGCAACAACACAGCCCAAAGUGUUCUAUUCUACUUAUACCUCAAUGAUUUGCCAACGAUUACAAUGUUCAUUUAUUAAUGAAAAAUGACAUCGCACUUUUUAACUGUUUAUAGUUACAUGUAAUGUUCAACGGACAAGUUAGUUCCUCUUAUCGCUUACGUUACAGCAGCUACAUACUAACGGUUGUUCCCUCACAAGCUUAUCGAAGUUAUCAAGACAAAGAAUAAACACAACGUUCUUACUGUUACAGUACUGUUUUAAGGCGCUGACACUGGAGACUCCUUCCACAAACCUUACCUAACAGAAGAUGACACCAUAUCAACACUUAUACGUUUCUCUUAGUUAAACAACAACACUUUAGCCCGAGGUAAUGGUCGGACGUCUUCUAGAAACUUUAGCAUAUUAGAACUAGCACAUUAAUAUGAUUCAUUUAUGGUACGGCUAGAACUCCUAUCAGAGCCGUUGUUAUAGAAAUCCGACGCAUCGGAGCUGUGGCACUGUUUAUUCGAAAUGAAAUGACUCGAAGUAACACGUUCCAGAUGUAUUCCUAUAGUGCUGGGCUUUUUCAAGCUUCAGCUACUUAAAAGGCCAGAUAUAUAACAUGGCAGCCACACAAAAGAUGCCUGAAAUAUGUUUGGGCAGCUUGAACACAAUUCUAAGCCUUGCUUUUGAUGCACCAUGGGAACCACCCUCUCAGUCAGUUGGUUUAGUCCACUGAAAGGGAAAUUCUGUCCCAGUGAUAUCAUCAGUCUGAAAAAGAGAACUCGCCAGCGCCUUUCUGUCAACUGAACAUUAUUUUUAUUGUAGUUGCCGGGUUGUUUUUUUUUUUUGUUUUUUUUUGUAAUGCUUGACCAUUUAUAUAUUAUUUAUUACACUUCUGUAACUUAUUUCUAACUGGCAACACAUUGAGUUUGGAGUCAACUCUACAGCAAUGUUGAUUACAAAAAUCGAAGCCAAGGAGGCUUGCGAUUGGCUCCGAGCGGCCGGCUUCCCUCAGUAUGCACAGCUUUUCAAAAACUGCCAUAUUCCUAUCGACAUAGACUGGGCGAAGAGUGAUCAUGAAUUCCUGGAUAGUGACACAUUAGACUCUCUCUGCAGGAGACUAAACACCUUAAACAAAUGUGCGGAGAUGAAGCUGGAUCUGAGCAGAUUCAAACGACGAGGUGAAGUUGAUGACGAUGUGGAGCCUUGUGCCAUCAGCCCAAAGUGGUCCUACGACCAAAAGAGUAGGCGCUGGAUACGUACAGAUGGUAUGGACUUUCAGCCAUCUGUGGACAGCACUGUCUCAAGUCUUAGAAGGUCUGAAAGCUGUGAAGCUUCUCUGUCAGAUAGCAGUGAGCACCAUGAGAUUCACUCCAUGCACAGCUCCAGCAGUAGUGACAGCGAUGGCGGUGGUGCCACCUUUAAAUCUUCUGAAGAUCCUGAGACAAGCCGAAGCUCCUCUAGAUGCUCCUCCACCUACAAGCACUUGUCCCCAGACAGUUCCUACAGUGGACCGCCAUCUCCAGGAGAGCCUCAUAACUUCAGCAGUGAAGAGCGCUUCCCUGAGAGGCCUCCUCUGAAGAAGGGUCAGAGCCUUCUUCGCAAGAUGGACAAGCUCCGACUCCGAGGGUCAACACUACGGCCCCGUGCCCAAGGUGGGAAAUCACGGUUGGUCAUAAGCAGUCCUGUGCUACAGGAGGGUCACGGGGAGGACAAGCAUGAGGAGCUCCACCAUCUUAAUAUUUCAGGGCUCCCAGAUAAGGCAUGUAGCCCAAUAUCCUGUACACCACCUUACGGCUCUAGCAGCAGUCCCUCAGAGAACAGCAGUGCAGUCAGUACACCCAGUCCUGUCACCAAGGUUCGUAGUAACUAUAAAAGACAGAAUAUUCAAACGCAGGUAAAAGAACAAGCCUGUAUUAGUGAGCAAGAGCUUCCCGACCAACACAGUCUUAAUGGUAACACCAUCUUUGAGAUCCCACGUGGUCACAAGCCAGGUACUUUUCCCACCGUUUUGCACAAUACUGUGCUGUCACCUAUUGAUAACACCUCCGUCAACUGGAGGACCGGAAGCUUUCACGGAUGCCAUCGCCGUAGAUGUCGAAGCAGUACGUCCAAAGACCAAGAACCGCCAUGCAGUCCUCUGGUGGCACAUGACCAUCGUGUUAGCAUUUAUGACAAUGUCCCAGAUCAUAUGCAUAUUAUAGAGGACGAUGUGUUUUCAGCCUUGGAUAAUGUAAUGGAACGUAUCAACGGACUACAGCAAUUGGUCACUUCAUGGACAGACAAACUGCCCGAGGAUGAAGAUUCAGAUUUAUCCCACUCCAACUCUCCAUCCCCUUCUUCUCUGACUGACAUCCACCUUGAGAUCAAAGAGCAGAGUGAAACGGACCAAACGGGUCCCAAGCAAAAUUACAACAAAAUCUCACAGGCAUGGUCACGUACCGUCCAAUUCCCCGGUGCUCAGAAACUUCACUGGUGCAGUGAACAGAUCUCAACAUCUAGCCCCACCACCGGAGCCAUCGAGUCCCAGCUUGCCCCAUGUGUCUCCAUGCUGCAGAGACUGAGUUUGCUCAGAUUGACUGUUCUGAUGGACAAACACUCACCCUUCAGCAAGCAAGGAUGGAACUGGACAGUCCCGAAAGUCUACAGAAAGAUGAACGCUUCGGACCACAAGAACAGGAAGGUGUUUGGUGUAGCUUUGCUUCAGAGUGUCCGGAGGUCAGGAAAACCUCUGCCUCCAAGCAUCCUCAGAGCAAUGGAGUUCCUUAAGACUGAAUGCCUGGAUCAGGUCGGCCUCUUCCGGAAGUCUGGGGUCAAAUCACGAAUUCAGUAUCUAAGGGACAUGAUUGAAGCUGACCCUGACGGCUUUUCCUUUGAGGGCCAGUCUGCGUUCGACGUAGCCGACAUGAUAAAGCAAUAUUUCAGAGACCUACCCGAGCCCAUUUUCUCCAGCAAGCUGUGCGAGAGUUUCCUGCACAUCUACCAGUACUUCCCAAAGGAUCAACAGUUUGGAGCAGUCCAGGCAGCCAUCUUCCUCCUGCCGGAUGAGAACCGAGAAGCUCUUCAGUGCCUCCUCUUCUUCCUCCAUGAAGUGGUGGCCUGUGUGGAGGAAAACCAGAUGACCCCGACAAAUAUUGCUGUUUGCCUGGCCCCAUCUCUUUUCCAUCUCAAUGUUCUCAAGAGAGACAGCACCAGCAGCAGGGCAGGGCAAAGGAAGUACAGCUUGGGAAGACCGGACCAGAGAGAUCUGAGUGAGAACUUGGCUGCUACUCAGGGGCUAGCACAUAUGGUGACGGAGUGCACCAGACUGUUCCAGAUGCCACAUUACUGGCACAAAAGGAAUCCCAGCACCUUUAACGAAGACGCCCCGAACAUGGACGGACGCUCUGCUUUAAAUACAAACGAGUCUGACCUAGCAGACCGCGCCCGGCUAGACCUCUGCGUCCAGCAGCUCCUGAGGGAAGCGAGGGAGAAGACCAAAAGCUGGGUAAUCUGCUCCACCUCCGAUCACGUAGAUGUGGCAUUUAAAAAGGUGGGGGAUGGUAACCCGUUGCCGUUGUGGAGGGGGACGGUCGAAGUGGACGCUCCCCAGAAAGAUGUUUUUCAACGUGUCCUAAGAGAGCACGGUCAGUGGCAAAGCGACCUCCAGCACAGCGACGUGGACACCUUGGACAAGGAUUCUGAGAUCUACCGGUACACCUUGCAGGCGGUUGGCACAAGACCACCACUGCAACAUCUGCUUUUGAGGACGUGGCAGUCUGAUCCUUCAUCGGGGCCUCUGUUCGUGGCGGCCACUUCAGUCGAACAAGCUGACAUAUCAAACAGAGGGGUUACAGCCCGAGUGCUGCGCUGCAUGUUCCUCGUGGAGCCGACGGGGCCAAAAAAGUCACGACUCACACACUUUUGCCGCACAGAUACCAGGGGCCGAUCUCUGGAGUGGCACAAUAAAGUUGGUGGGCACCUGCUUUCAUCCACGCUGGUGGCAAUUAGGGACUCCUUUAAGCCCAAGACGAAAGACGCAAAGCUAUGAAAGGACAGCGAGGAAGCCCUUCAGAAGAACAAAAGGAAGAAAGUAUAUACGUAUAUAUCGUCGUAUGAGGAGCAAACGGGAUUUCAGAAGGUGUUUCACGGGCAGCGGAGGACAAUAACAGAGCCUUUGUAAUGCAGAGACGAUUCUGGUUGAUGAAGAAGAGCAACCGUAUGAUGAGAUGUUCCAGGACAGUCGGUCUGCUUGGCUUAUCAAGACUGACAAGGAAGAGUGUCAGAGUAAUGAAAUGUCUUAUCCCAUUUGAAGGACCGUUUCACAAGCUAACAGACUGCAAAGGUUGUCUCAGACAGCAACAGUUUUUAAAAGGACGACUGGGUUACAAUGUGAAAAUCUGCUUCUUUGGGGAGUCGGACUCGAUGCCGUUCGAUGUGGAGACGCCACAGGCGCGUUACCUAAAGCAGUGGCUCGUGAUCAUAGAUUUUGCUAAGGCGAGGUGACAAUAACAACAACAACAAAACAAAAUAAAGUUGAGAGGCUACCAGAUUUGACUUAUGCUAUAGGCUAUCAUCUAGUAAUUGGUAAUCGAGUCGACAACAUUCCAGUCGUCCGGUGUACGAUCCAGCGGCUCGUUUUGAGCGGUUUUAGGCUUUUCAACCGUGUUCCCUACAGAAGGCGUGCUUCCCGAAGAGCUAAUAUCGUUAACCAGGGUUGCCAGGGUUCAGCAACAUCUCAAAGACCACACAAAAGACCUUAAACUACCAUAGAAAUGGUUCUGUACAUCAUAGAUGCACUGUCUGCAGAACUUUAUCUUUCUUCGCAAAAACUUUAUUCGAUUUAAUUCAGAUCAUCUGCUGUAAAACAAUCUAGGCGGCUAGCUCAAUUUUGCGUAAAAUCUGCGAUCCUGGCAACCCUGUCAUUAACCGUCCUAUCCGCUGCUCCUCCUUUAUGAAAAACGUGUAUAAAGCGAUCAUGGGGCAGAGUGAUUCCUGCCCGAACAGGCCCCUAUUUAUUAGUGUGUGGUGCAGUUCCCAUUUUGACCACUAGGUGUAAUAACAACUCUAUAGAGCCAAAUGCGGAGAAAGGUGAGCAAAUUAUCUGUCAAGUAACGAUGUUUUUAAAAUCUCUGGCCGCUCAAAUAAGAUAACUAGAAUUUCGACGGAAUUUAAAACGUAUCGUAUUGCGUGAACGAGGACUUUGAGCGACCGUGACCCCGAUUCAUGUUGGAAACCGUAACUAACAAACAUUCUCGUAUUUAUUCCAGUGUUCGAAAGCGUUUCUGACAAUGCUCAGCUCCUCCAUCGAAGAGUGAUCUACGAAUGUGAUCUAGAACAUUAUAGCGGAGUUCAAUGACGUCCACUGAACGCCAGGCUUCGAAUAACAUUGCAAUAUGAAUAUGUUUUGAUACAUAUUUAAAGAUGUGUGAUUAAUUUUAUUGAACUUCCAAAUCUUUUUAUGAUGGACUUAAUAUAAUUUAAUAUAACAAUGUAUUAAAUGUUACAGAGGAGAUUAUUUGAACAUAUCUAAACCAUUAAAGAUGACUUUGGAGGA